UCGCUGCGCCCCGCCCACCGCCCCUGCUCGGCAGACCUGAUCCCAAGAUGGCGGCGCCCAGCGGAAGGAGGAACAGCAGCGGCGCCGCGAGCUUGUGGCCCGUUCUGCUCCUGGCAGCCGUGGCACUGAGGCCGGCGGAGGCAGUGUCCGAGCCCACGACGGUCGCGUUUGACGUGCGGCCGGGCGGCGUCGUGCACUCCUUUACCCAGAGCGUGGGCCCGGGGGACAAAUAUACUUGUGUGUUCACUUAUGCUUCUCAAGGAGGGACCAAUGAGAAGUGGCAGAUGAGUCUGGGGACCAGUGAAGACCACCAGCACUUCACCUGCACCAUCUGGAGGCCCCAGGGCAAGUCCUACCUGUAUUUCACACAGUUCAAGGCGGAGGUGCGGGGUGCCGAGAUCGAGUACGGCAUGGCCUAUUCUAAAGCUGCAUUUGAGAGAGAGAGUGACGUUCCCCUGAAAAACGAGGAAUUUGAAGUGACCAAAACAGCAGUAUCGCAUAGGCCCGGGGCAUUCAAGGCCGAGCUGUCCAAGCUGGUGAUCGUCGCCAAAGCGUCUCACAGUGAGCUGUGACCGGCAGCUCCAUGGAGGGCAGCUUUCCCUCUGAGGGGGCUGAGCCCAUGAGGGCCGGCGCUUACAGGCUUUCUAGGGGGACUGUUGGUUUUCUGCUCGGGCUGAUACUGCCCUGCUCGGAGGGGUUUGCAGGGCGGCUGAGGCCCUGGGACAGAGUCUGGGGGGCCAGGAGGUUGAGGUUGUGCUGGACCAUUUCCCCAGCCCCCCAGAACCCCUGGCCCCACUCCCCUCUCGCUGUUCUGAACAGAGUGUGGUCUGAACCCCGCAGCUCAUCGUAACCAGGAAAGGCAUCGGUCUGAGGGGCGGGUACAGCUUUUCUGAAGUCGUCAUCUCCCCGUGGGAGCAGAUCAGGCUCUGGCUGCUCUGGGGAACAGAGGUCCUGCCGUCUGACCCCACACUGACUGUUUUCUUACAAUUUCCCCAGGGGACACCUUCAAACUGGGGAAAAAAUGAAAUGUUCUUUUGUAUUUAAAUAAAUAAGAGUUAAAAAGCAA